AAGCAUUCGGCGCGUAAGCUUUAGGUACAAGUUGAGCUUCCUUUUGCGCGGCUUUAUCUCCCAGAUGGAGGUCGUCUGCAGCUUCUAACUCCCCCACUGCUAGUCCUCCCGUGUCGUUCGCCCUUGAUACCGUCGUACCAUUUAAAUUGUAAGUUGUAGGCCGAAUUCGUGCACGGUAAUGGCAACAACAAACGGUGCGCAGUUUAUAAGCAUCCGAGUAGCUGUCACUCAAGCAGAGCCAGUAUGGCUAGACUUGCAAGCGACGGUGGAGAAGACAUGCAAACUCAUCACCGAAGCUGCUGAGCACGGAGCGAGGUUGAUCGCGUUUCCAGAAUGCUGGGUACCUGGUUACCCUUGUUGGAUAUGGCUCCGAGCACUAGACUUCAACCUGAUGACCCGCUACCUCAAGAACUCUCUCAAAGUCGACUCAUCCGAAAUGCGCCGUAUCUGCCAAUGCGCAAAAGACAGCAACAUAGCAGUCAUUCUCGGUUUCUCAGAAAACCUGAACAACUCCCUCUGGAUCGCCCAAGCGACCAUCUCCGCUCAGGGUAAACUCCUCAUGACAAGACGCAAACUCAAGGCCACUCAUCUCGAGCGCACCGUCUUCGGAGAUGCAAGCGGCGCGAGUCUGCAUAAUGUGGUUGAGCUUGAUCUCGGCCAGGAGUCUCAGCAUACCAAAGUCGGUGCGUUGAGUUGCUGGGAGCACAUUCAGCCACUGUUGAAGUACCAUACGUAUUUGCAGGGUGAAGAGAUUCAUGUCGCGGCCUGGCCGCCUCUUGAUUCGCAUCCGGGCGGUGACGCUUUGUGGAGUAUGAGCAGUGAGGGAUGUCAAAGCCUUUCCCAGACCUACGCGGCGGAGUCCGCAGCCUUCGUGUUGCACUGCACCGCCGUCGUCACAGACGCUGGCGUCAAAGCAAUGCAGACGGAUGCUGGCUUCUUGUUUAACCGCCCAGGUGGCGGCUCGUCUGCUGUCUUUGGACCUGACGGCCGCCGGAUUACUGAACCUCUACCUAGUCACGAGGAAGGCAUUAUCUAUGCAGAUCUGGACAUGGAUAUGUCGCUGAAGGCCAAGUGCUUCGUUGACAGCUGCGGACACUACUCAAGACCGGACCUGCUCUGGCUUGGUGUUGAUGAUAGGGAGAAAAAGCACAAGAUUGUCAGCAAGGGCGACGGCAGCCAGUAGCCAGUUCUUACUCCAACACCAUCCCCGUAAUUGCCAUUCGAACAUAAUCC